GCGUGCGUGCGUGCGUGCGUAUGCGUGCGGUCCCGGUUCCCGCCAUCAGCCGCCGGCCCUGACGGGGGCAGAGCGCGCCAGCUUCUCUGCACCCGGCGUCCCCUUUCCCCCCUCCCCCUUCGGCGUCCCAGCUCGGCUCCUCGGCGGGGCUCCCGGAGCUGCCGCUGCAGGAUUCCCAGGCCUGCCCACUUCUGUUGGUGAUGCUUUUUACAUUUCUGGGCUGGCUGUGCUUAUAGGGGAAGUAGUAACCUGCUUCUGAUGCAAGAGAAGCUGAGUUCAUGUCUUCGGGAGGACUGGAAUAGCUGCAGAAUAUGGGUAGUUCCUCAAGAAGAGUUCUUUACCUAUGGCACAAGCAUCAAAAUAAAGACUAUUGGAAGUAAUGACACUUGGCGGACAUGCAUUGUUAUUUUGAGAGGAGUUAUAAACAGCUGAAUAGACAAAUAAUGGAAUCAGAUUGGUGGAAACACUAUUUCUUUUUGAACCUUUCAGGUGAAGUGGUUUUCUUUUUAAUUUGGGUAGAAGCAAUUUAUUUUUAAAAAGUAUGACUCCUUUGAAGAUACAUGGUCCUAUCCGAGUACGGAGCAUUCAGACAGGAAUUACAAAGUGGAAAGAAGGAUCCUUUGAAAUUGUGGAAAAAGAAAAUAAAGUCAGCCUAGUGGUUCACUAUAAUGCUGGAGGAAUUCCAAGGACAUUUCAGCUAAGUCACAAUAUAAAGAAUGUGGUUCUUCGACCUAAUGGAGCAAAACAAAGUCGCCUGAUUCUUACACUGCAGGAUAACAGCUAUUUGUCCAUUGACAAAGUCCCAUGUAAGGAUGCAGAUGAAAUGAGGCUGUUUCUGGAUGCAGUCCAUCAAAAUAGACUCCAUACAGCCAUGAAACCUUCCCAGGGGUCUGGUAGCUUUGGCGGAGUUCUCGGGAGCAGGACUACACAGAAGGAAGUCAACAGGCAGUUCUCUUACAUAGAAAAUCAGACUCCCUCAAAAAAAGCAAGUUUGGAAUCCAAAGAUGAUACUACGUUUCGAAAAGUUCUUGGUAAUCCAGGCAGAGGAUCCACAAAGACCCCAACAGGAAGUGUAAUGACUGGGACCCGAGUAAAUACUUCUCUGACUUCUACUUCAUCAACACCUUUAAGAACAGGGUUAUUAGAAAAUCGGAAUGAAAAGAGAAAAAGAAUGCUAUCAACAGGGUCAGAGAUGAAUGAAGAUUACCCCAAGGAAAACGAUUCAUCAUCGAACAAUAAAGCUAUGACAGAUCCUUCAAGGAAGUAUUUAAACAGCAGCAGAGAGAAACAGCUCAGCUUGAAACAGGCAGAGGAGACUAGAACAUCAGGGCUUUUGCCCCUACAAUCAUCAUCCUUUUAUGGUAGCAGAGCAGUAUCAAAAGAUUACUCUACUGGAAAUUCCAACCUAGACAGGACUAGUGUUUCAGGCCAGACUCCCUCUGCCAAAAGGAGUUUGGGGUUCCUUUCUCAGCCAGCCCCUCUCUCUGUAAAAAAACUAAGGUCUAACCAGGAUUAUACUGGAUGGAAUAAGCCGAGAGUCCCUCUUUCGACUCACUCACAGCAACAGUUACAAGGCUUUUCAAAUUUGGGAAAUACUUGCUAUAUGAAUGCCAUUUUACAGUCCCUGUUUUCACUUCAGUCAUUUGCUAAUGAUUUGCUUAAGCAAGGUAUCCCAUGGAAAAAAGUACCACUUAAUGCACUUAUCAGACGCUUUGCCCACCUUCUUGCUAAGAAAGAUGUCUGCAAUUCAGAAACAAAGAAAGAUUUGCUCAAGAAGGUAAAAAAUGCCAUUUCAGCUACUGCAGAGAGAUUCUCUGGCUAUAUGCAAAAUGAUGCACAUGAAUUUUUAAGUCAAUGUUUGGAUCAGCUAAAGGAGGAUAUGGAAAAGUUAAAUAAAACUUGGAAGACUGAGCCUGUAUCUGGGGAAGAGAAUUCUCCAGGACGAACUUCAGAUGAUAUAGCAGCUACCAGGAUAUACACAUGUCCUGUUAUUACUAACUUGGAGUUCGAGGUCCAGCAUUCUAUCAUAUGUAAAGUAUGUGGUGAAACUGUUCCCAAACGUGAACAGUUUAAUGACCUCUCCAUUGACCUGCCCCGGAGAAAGAAACCACUACCUCCUCGGUCAAUCCAAGAUUCUCUUGAUCUUUUCUUUCGGGCAGAAGAGCUUGAAUAUUCCUGUGAGAAGUGUGGUGGGAAAUCUGCUAUUGUCACACAUAAGUUCAACAGACUCCCCAGGGUCCUUAUUCUUCAUCUGAAACGAUACAGCUUCAACGUGGCCCUCUCACUCAACAACAAGGUUGGGCAGCAAGUGGUCAUUCCAAGAUAUUUAACUUUAUCAUCCCAUUGCACUGAAAGCACAAAACCUCCCCUUACUCUGGGCUGGAGUGCACAUUCAGCAAUUUCUCGGCCAUUGAAAGCUUCCCAAAUGGUGAAUUCCUGCACCAUCAGCACUUCUACACCUUCAAGGAAAUAUACAUUCAAAUCCAAGUGCUCCGUAGGAUUCUCCAUUGAUUCAGACAGUGAAGAUGAACUGCUAAAACGUUCUGUGGCCCUCAGCCAGAGACUUUUUGAAAUGCCAAGCAGGGAGCAACAGGAAGACCUGGAAAAGGGUUCAAAAAAAUGCAAAAUGGAAUCAGAUGGAAACUCAGGAUUUGAUGGAAUGAGUGAAGAUGAACUUCUGGCAGCUGUCUUAGAGAUAAGUAAGAGAGAAGCCUCGAUGUCUGUAACUAAUGAAGAUGAUGAAAAGCCUACCAGCAGUCCAGAUACGGGGUUUGCAGAGGAUGAUAUGCAAGAUAUACCUGAAAAUCUGGAAUCUCUGGAGGCAGAAAAAUCGAAAGCCCCCAUAGAAGCUGGUCCUACCAGUUUCACUGAGAUAACGAAAGAUUUUGAUGAGAAUAAAGAAAACAAAACUCCAGAAGGGUCUCAGGGGGAAGUCGACUGGCUCCAACAGUAUGAUAUGGAGCGAGAGAGAGAGGAAGAAGAACUCCAGCAGGCCCUAGCUCAGAGCCUCCAGGAGCAAGAGGCCCGAGAACAGAAAGAAGAUGAUGACCUCAAAAGAGCCACCGAGUUAAGUCUUCAAGAAUUUAACAGUUCCUUUCUGGAUGGAAUGGGCUCUGAUGAUGACUCUGGGAAUGAAGAUGUUUUUGAUAUGGAAUACACAGAAGCUGAAACAGAGGAGUUGAAGAGAAAUGCUGAGACAGGAAAUCUUCCCCAUUCUUAUCGACUCAUCAGUGUUGUCAGCCAUAUUGGAAGCACAUCUUCCUCAGGUCAUUACAUUAGCGAUGUGUACGACAUUAAGAAGCAGGCCUGGUUCACUUACAAUGACCUGGAGGUGUCUAAAAUCCAAGAGACCUCGGUUCAGAGUGAUAGAGACCGGAGUGGUUACAUCUUCUUUUAUAUGCACAAAGAUAUCUUUGAUGAGCUGCUGGAAACAGAAAAGGCCUCCCAGCUGCUUAGCCUGGAGGCUGGGCGGACCACCAGGCCAGCACUGUGAGGAGCCCACUCCGGGGCUGGCGAGCAUCUGUGUAUGCACACGGCUGUCUCUCGUUUUUGUGUUCUUUCCACCCGAGAAUUCUGAACUUAGAACUGACACAGGAGUGACAAACAGCUCAGGGCUAAACCAAAACAUAGAAAACUUCAAACCAGGGAAGUUCUCCAUGCAUGGAAAUCCUUGAACCUCACACCUGUAGCUGAUCAGCCUUCUCUUGCAGAGCAGGGUGGAGCUUUCUGUACUUCCAGGAACCUACUCACUCUCUCUCAUACAUACAUAUACAUACACAUACACACACACACACACACACACACACACACACACUCACACUCACUGUCACACGUACACCCUUAUGUACGUGUGUGUUUGUAUAUAUUGGACAGAAUGGAGCCUUAAUGAGUUGGAAUGAGCCACAAGACUUUGUUUGCUCGGAAUUCGUAGCACAGUUGGUGUGGAGAAGAAAUGGAAGAAAGUGACGGGGGAUUUUCAAGUUCAUUCAACUGGGAAAUGGGUGAAGAAACCACCUCUAUCACUUGCCAUUUGCAGUUUUUUAUGACCUUCAAGAGCAGUUGGAGCAAAGUUUAUAACUUUGAGUGUAUGUUUCAUUAGUAAAGUUCACUGGAACCCCAAUUCUACAAACACUAAUGAUAGUUCUUCCGGCUAAGGGGGAUGUUUCUGUCAUUUGAGAUGAAGCAUGUUUUGGUUAUUUAAUUCUCAUUAUUUCAUGGGUUUGUAACUCCUCUACAGUUUACAUGCAGUUCUAGGAAAUGAAAUGUUGGUGCUGAGGAAUGUGUUGUAACAUUUUCGUCAUCCUUCACAGUUUUUGCUCAUUGUAUGCUUUGUGCAUUUAAAAAAAAUGUUUUCAUUCACACAGUGUAUUCCUUUAUUCAGUCAGCAUCUGUUCUUGUUACUGGCUUCUUUUCAUUUAUUCCUAUGUCGUUCCCACUUAAGAAUAGACACUAACUAUGGCAGGCUGCUUCUGGGCUAAGCCAAAGUGGUAUAUAAAAGUGGGGCAAAAAUGUUGCUCCAAAUGGGACCCAUUGACCGAUGUUCUUUGAAAGAUUCCUCAUCUUCCUUAUAUCCAGAUAUCAAAAGGUGAUUCUUUACCCUGGACUACUCACCCUAUCCCAAAUAUAAAACCAAGUGUGCAUUGGGAGCUAUAGGACAGGGAUUAAACAUUUAAAACCAUUUAUUCUCUUCAUGCAUUCCUAAGAAGAAUGAAUUGAUCCAAAUUGAGGAUGAUUUGGGUGAAUCCCAAGAACUAUAAAGAAAUUUAGUGAAUUGACCUUGUUUGUUAUAUGCUUGAAUUGGAGGGUAAAUAUGGUUGAAAAACUAAGCACUCAACAUUUUGGUAAUUGCUCAAAUGACAUAAAAUAGAUUGGUUAGGCAUCUUGGGAAGCCAUAUAAAGUUUGAAUUUAUUGUAGGCAAAAUUCUGUAAAAACUAAUUUUGUGAGCUCUGCUCCAUCAUUAGGUUCCCAUGCAGCUUUGUGUCAUUAAGCAAAACCUUAUAUUUUAUUUAUCUCAUUCCUUUAUUACAAAGAAACGUGUUAACUGCAGGCUCUGAAUUUGGGGCAGAACUGCAGUUAUAAUGCUUAUAAAAUGGAGGGUUUUUGGGGUUUUUUAACUACAAUUUUCUCAUCUUGGUGUCAAGGCUGGUUAUCAUUAGUCUCUCAAGAGGGGAGUAGGCAGGGGUGAACCAGGGAUUUUUUUUUCUAAACCACUAUUCAUAAACAUAAACCAAAUUAUUGGUGUUGGUGUCUUUUCCUCUGAAGAGCCUCCAGCAUUACAGGCACAACUUUGUUCUACAAUCUGUUCUCUAAGUGUAUCCUCUUCUUACAUGGGUUGUUUUGUAUUGUGACUUAACCACAAACAGGAGAUGCUUUUAACCCCAUCCCUCUACCACGUGCACUGCUCUAUCACAAACUAUCCUUUUUGUAUUGUUGGCAAGAGAAAUCUAAGGGAAAGGCUUAUUUUAAUAUAGGUUUUGUUUUGCAGCAUUUUCAAUGAGAAAACCUUUUUAAAAAAAAUAGAAGUAAAGUCUUAGAAUAAGAGUUAACUGAUUGUAGCAUUCCUCCACUCUCCUUUCCCACCCUGAGUCCUCUUAGCUGAGGGCAGCAUUAAAAGUAAACUUGAAUGACUUUGAAGACAAUUCAGAGGGAGCAGUUAUGUUGGCGGUCAGUCUAGAUGGGCUCCUGAAAGAGUUAAUGCAGCUGGGCAGCUAGGUGGCACAGUGGAUAAAGCACCAGCCCUGGAUUCAGGAGUACCUGAGUUCAAAUGCAGCCUCAGAUACUUGACACUUACCAGCUGUGUGACCCUGGGCAAGUCACUUAACCACCCAAUGCCCCACAAAAAGAAAAAGAGUUAAUGCAGCUGCAAGCAUGACGGGGGGGGGGGGGGUCUUCUUCUUCCUCACUGUUAGUAUGUUGGAGCUCUAUCUUUCAUGUUAAGAGUGGGUUGCCAGGUCAAAUGGGCCAUUUCACUGGUGCCAGAGCUUCGGUUCUGACAGAUGUCCAUUUAAGUGGUUCCAUCGGUCCUUUCCCUGCUUCACCCUCCCACCACGAGGUCCUUUCUAGGUUUCAUUUAAUGUGGAUUUCAUGGCUAUGAAUUCGAAUUUCAGCUUGAUUGUGUUGGUAGGGAUAGUAGUGGGGGUAGGGAUUAUUCCUGGUUGAAGUGGCUUUAUAUAUUUUAAGAAUUAUAUGUGUGUGUAUAUAUAUAUAUAUAUAUAAAUAAUAUAUAUUUUAUUAUUUGCACAGCAUGGCCAGUUUGUUCAGAAUCAUAGUAUGAAUGUGUGACGAGUGGAGGGAGAAGGAAGGGGUCCUGUUGUUCUUUAAAAACAAAACGAAACAGAUUUCUACUGCAAAUCCUAAGCAUUUUGUGGCCAUCAGUUAUAUCAUAUUGGAACUUGGCAGCACUUCUACACACAACUAGUAUGUGUUUGGGAUAUUUUUUAAAAAGAAAACCAAACCAAAUCUAUAUUGGUUCUUAUCACCUAGUAUUUUGGGGUGUUGGAGGAUUUCAUGGCAUUACAGUAGCAGUAAAUAGAAUUUCAGCUUGUUGGAAGGGGGGGGAGAGAGUGUGAGAGUGUGUGUGUGUGUGUGUGUGUGUGUGUGUCCCAACAGGGCAGUUUAACUAACAAAUCCACACAUUUUCCCUUCUAUUUUACUUAGAUUUUGAAAACUCUUUGUUUACUGAGAAGGUUCUGCCUUAAUUACAGACCCAUUCAGUGACCACUAAUAAAAACUAUUCAGUUGUCAUAAACAUCUCAUGAAAUCACAUUUGGUAUAUUAGUCCAGAAAACAAACCCUAACCAUGUUCAUUUACCAAUACCUUUGAUCAAAGGUUUCUAAAACCAACUUUUAAGAAUUAAACCAUGGCAAAAAAGAUAAUUGGCAAAUUUACUUAUUGGCCUCCCCUGCUACUGGUAGCAUUAUAUAGCUGUUGACAUAUAGCUAUAUUAACAUAUAGCUAUACAUAGAUGUAUAAUGUAGACUUUCUAGAAGUACAUGUUUGUGAAAGAAAAAUUGGCAGUUUUUCAAAUACACCCAGUUGCUGGGUGUGGCAUAUGUGAGUGAGGAGGGGUGGGUUUUUUUAAAGCUAGAAAGAAUAUAGCAGGUAAAUUUUACUUACCUCACCCAUAAGAAAUUUAGUCCAGAUAGGCUGUGUUUAAAUAAAUAAAACUAUUCCCCUUCUUUGUCUUCUCCUUACCUGUAUCCCCUUGAAAUAUCUGUCCUGAAGAGUAUUGAUUUACAUCAUUUUUAAUCUUUCCCUAUUUCAUAUAAAUAAUAACCUUCAUGUGGACGUGUUUAUCGGUGAAACCGAAAUGAUUUCUGUCUGUGAAUACACAGAAACAUACAUAUAUGUGUGUGAGGUUUAAAAAAAUGCCACCAUCAAAUACAUUAAACAACAAAAAAACUAAACUACUUCAAGCCUUGGGAAAUCCUGUAACCAAGAGAAACAAUUUGUGUCUUACAUGGCCACCAGUUUCCUUUUUUGAGGUGUAUGCUCCUUAGUUGAUCAGGCAUUGUUUUUCAGUACAUAAAUUAUCCUUGAGUAAUUCCCCUCCCUGUGUUCAUAUGUGUAUUUUUUUUCCACAACAGGAUAAGUGUUUUUCAUGUGUACUGUGUGUCUGAAAGUGUUUUUAAAACUAAGAACUGUGCCACAGCUAAUACAUGAGGCCUUUAACCUUUUGCCAUUGGACUCUUACUGAGGUACAGGGGAUGGAAGUACAGAUAAAUCUCUUUUUCUUGGUACAGUGGGAAGAAUUAGGAUGGGUAGGGCGAAGUCAGAACUAAAUUUUCAGUAAAUUCAAAAUGCCCCAAAGAGUUAAGAUAGGUAAGAUUGUUUUGGAUUAAUAAGUUGACAGUGUUUCUAACUGAAGAGUGAGAAAACAAAUUGACAUUACUGAAGUCUGCCUUGAUCUUCUUGUUCCUUUUCCCCUUGUUUGUCCUUAUCUCCUUUUUUCUACCACCACCCCACUUCCCUGCCUGACCAGUUUCACUGCCUCCUGACAAUGUUAAUUUAUUGUAUGAAAAAGGAAAAAAAAAGGGUUUCUCUACCAUGCCUGGUUGAUCCGCCACCAGGUUUGCUGGCAGCUUUAGCCACAUAUUACUAGUGGGAUAGUUUUUCUGCGUUCUGAGUGAUUUUUUUGAUUCUGAUUCUUUACACUGUUUAUAUGGAACGGCACUUUAUCUGUGUUUUAGCAGAACUGUUCCUUUGUAUCUCUUAGGGUUUUUCCUUGUCUCUCCCCCCCCCCCCUUUUUAAAUGAUACAUAGAUUUUUUUUUUUUUUGUGAAAUUAA